GUCCUUUUACGUACAUAAUAGUACACGUAGAGAGAGAGAGAAACCCUAGGAAGGUCGACAAUGGCGAGUUUGGAGGACAUUCCUUCAGUAGAUCUCAUGACCGAGCUCUUGCGUCGCAUGAAGUGUUCUACCAAACCAGACAAACGCCUCAUUCUCGUCGGCCCACCUGGAUCUGGAAAAGGUACCCAAUCACCAAUUAUUAAGGAUGAGUACUGCUUAUGCCACUUGGCUACUGGUGAUAUGCUAAGGGCUGCUGUUGCUGCUAAAACUCCUCUUGGGAUUAUGGCCAAAGAGGCUAUGGACAAGGGAGAACUUGUUUCCGAUGACUUAGUUGUUGGGAUAAUCGAUGAAGCUUUGAAAAAGCCUUCGUGUCAAAAGGGUUUCAUCCUUGAUGGAUUUCCAAGGACUGUGGUCCAAGCACAGAAGCUUGAUGAGAUGCUUGAAAAACAUGGGGCUAAGGUUGAUAAGGUCCUCAACUUUGCAAUUGAUGAUGCAAUCUUGGAGGAGAGGAUUACUGGUCGCUGGAUCCACCCUUCGAGUGGUCGGUCCUACCACACAAAAUUUGCACCUCCUAAAGUUCCUGGUGUAGAUGAUGUCACGGGAGAACCUUUGAUUCAACGGAAAGAUGAUAAUGCAGCUGUUCUCAAAUCAAGGUUGGAAGCAUUUCAUAAACAAACCGAACCGGUAAUUGAUUACUAUACCAAGAAGAGUAUUGUUGCAAAUCUUCAUGCAGAGAAACCCCCAAAGGAUGUCACUGCUGAGGUUCAGAAGGUGCUCUCAUGAAAAGACAAUUUUAUUAACUUGAAAGUGGAUUAAACAUUUGAGAUUUGAAAGAUUUUUCACUCAUGUAUUUUUCCUAUAUUGUUAGAUCACUGACCCACAGGCGUUUCAUUUUGCUUUACUCAACUGUAUGCACCGGCUUUUGUCAGCCCUUGAAUUUGAUUUGAGUUAUGAAAUAAAAGUUUUACGGAUGUUAGUGAGUUUUUUU